AUGAGAAGAUUAAAGCACCUGUAGGGCUGGUUCCUCACCACUGCACCACUGAGGCCUUCAGACGUCUGGUUGUUGCAGCUCAGCUGAAGUCAGAUCGAGGCGCUUCACUUUGUGUUGGAUCAUAUUGCUGUCUGGAGCCAUGGGACCUGUGAGAGGUGUGGUGCUUCUAUGGCUGCUGGUUAUUGACGGGCUUCAAGCAAAAAUAACAUCAUCCGGUAAGGCCUCUGAACCGGACAUCAAGGUGCCAGGCCACCUGGCCUUUGGCUACCAGGCCCGUCCCCAGGCUCAGACGCAGCAGGGACAGAGCUACCAGGCCCGUCCCCAGGCUCAGGCGCAGCAGGGACAGAGCUACCAGGCCCGUCCCCAGGCUCAGGCGCAGCAGGGACAGAGCUACCAGGCCCGUCCCCAGGCUCAGGCGCAGCAGGGACAGAGCUACCAGGCCCGUCCCCAGGCUCAGGCGCAGCAGGGACAGAGCUACCAGGCCCGUCCCCAGGCUCAGGCGCAGCAGGGACAGAGCUACCAGGCCCGUCCCCAGGCUCAGGCGCAGCAGGGACAGAGCUACCAGGCCCGUCCCCAGGCUCAGGCGCAGCAGGGACAGAGCUACCAGGCCCGUCCCCAGGCUCAGGCGCAGCAGGGACAGAGCUACCAGGCCCGUCCCCAGGCUCAGGCGCAGCAGGGACAGAGCUACCAGGCCCGUCCCCAGGCUCAGGCGCAGCAGGGACAGAGCUACCAGGCCCGUCCCAAGGCUCAGGCGCAGCAGGGACAGAGCUACCAGGCCCGUCCCCAGGCGCAGGCACCGCAGAGCAACAUCCACCAGGCCCGUCCCCAGGCUCAGGCGCAGCAGGGCCAGAGCUACCAGGCCCGUCCCCAGGCUCAGGCGCAGCAGGGCCAGAGCUACCAGGCCCGUCCCCAGGCUCAGGCGCAGCAGGGCCAGAGCUACCAGGCCCGUCCCCAGGCGCAGCAGGGCCAGAGCUACCAGGCCCGUCCCCAGGCGCAGCAGGGCCAGAGCUACCAGGCCCGUCCCCAGGCGCAGCAGGGCCAGAGCUACCAGGCCCGUCCCCAGGCGCAGCAGGGCCAGAGCUACCAGGCCCGUCCCCAGGCGCAGCAGGGCCAGAGCUACCAGGCCCGUCCCCAGGCGCAGCAGGGCCAGAGCUACCAGGCCCGUCCCCAGGCGCAGCAGGGCCAGAGCUACCAGGCCCGUCCCCAGGCGCAGCAGGGCCAGAGCUACCAGGCCCGUCCCCAGGCGCAGCAGGGCCAGAGCUACCAGGCCCGUCCCCAGGCGCAGCAGGGCCAGAGCUACCAGGCCCGUCCCCAGGCUAUGGCUCAGGCACACUUCCAGACUACACCUGGCCCCAGGGAUCAGACUAGAGGGCAGGCGACCAGUCUCAACUAUGGAAGCAAAGGAGGAUUGGGCUAAGGCCCGAAAUUGCACAUUAUGCCUGCAGGGGUGCUGUAGGUGUUUCAUUCUAUGACCCAUGUUGAACUAAACGUGUACCAUGAGUCUUUUGAAAAAUAAAACAAUUUUGGUA